CAGUUGUGACGUAACAUGUGUUUACGACUUUGUGACUUAAGCUUGAACAGAUUGGAGCAGGUGGUGCUGUUGUAAGCAUUUUAAAAGGAAAAUUUGUUUUGUACAUAUGAUAUAGAAAUAGUGUGAUGCAGUAUGUCCUCGUCAAGCAGUGUUGAUAAAGUCAAGUAUAUUUAUCAAUUACCGUUUUUCGAACGAUUAGAACUUUGUAAAAUGCUCAAUCAACAUGACAAGUGGGAAGAAUUGGCUGGAAUUUGGAUGGGAUAUGACGUAUUGACUAUACAGAGUUUGCGUAAAGAGAAAAAUCCAACAGAUGAAUUAUUAACAAUAUGGGGCCAUCAUAAUCACACAAUAUUAGAAUUGUUUGUUUUAUUAUCCAAAAUGCAACACUAUCAAUCAAUGAUUCCAUUAAAACCAUUUGUCGAUGAAAAAUUUCAUAAAUUAAUUUAUGAUGGAGAAGGUAACCUUCAUAGAAUACUUGGGAAGCGACUCAAUAAGAAUACUAAAGAUUUGAAGAUUGGUACUCAGAAUUUUAAUCAAGUUGUACCACCACAACCAAAUGUACCUAAAAUUGUUAUCGAACCAAAUACUAAGGAAGCUUCUUAUAAAAUAUUGAAUCAACCAAUGCAAGCUGAACAGGUUGGAAUUACACCAAGUAAUUCAAAUAAUUUACUUGUCGCUUCUGUAGCAGCUCCAUAUCAUUUACCAGGUUCUUCAAAGCACAAUCCAGUAAAUGGAGAAAAUAAUAACGAUGCAGUAUUACCUUGUGCAGAGAUUACUCUGCCACACGCAUCAUAUGACGAAUUGUCUGUAGUUACAAAUGAUUGGAAUAAGAUUAACGUACUAGGGAGAGGAGGUUUUGGAACUGUGUACAGAGGUAUCUGGAAAAAUACAGAUGUAGCUAUUAAAAAAAUAGAAAAAAGGGGAGCUAAUUCAGAUGAAAGUUAUGUACUUCAACUUCAGCAAUCUCUUAGGGAGAUACAAAUUUUAAAUCGUUAUCCACAUGAAAAUAUUUUACCUCUAUAUGCAUACAGUUUAGGUGGCAAAGCACCUUGCCUUGUAUAUCAGCUCAUGAAGAAUGGCUCUGUCGAAGACAGGUUGUUGAUAAAACAAAAAUGUCAACCACUCAGUUGGAUACAGCGCCAUGGAAUUGCUAAAGGAACUGCUCGUGGGUUACAGUACUUACAUACAAUUGGAAAGAAGCCUUUGAUACAUGGAGAUAUAAAAAGUGCUAAUAUUUUACUUGAUAAGAAUUUUGAACCAAGAAUUGGUGACUUUGGUUUAGCAAGGGAAGGACCUGAGAAAGAUUCCAUGAAAGUGAGUAAAAUUCAUGGAACGAGGCCAUAUCUCCCAGAAGAAUUUUUAUACGGACGAAAAUUGUCUACAAAGGUAGAUACUUAUAGUUUUGGUAUAGUUUUAUUUGAAUUAGCUACCGGUUUGCCAGCAUACGACGACUCUAGAUCAGAAAAUAAAUUUUUAAAAGAUUUUAUUGACCACUGGCAUGAUAGAGAACUUCACUUAUUGAUAGAUAAAAAAGCAGGUGAGAAGGAUAGACAGGUAUACAAUAAUUUAAUACUUUUGGGGAAAUGGUGUGCUAAUCGUAUGGCACAAAAUAGACCUGAAAUGGAUAUUGUUUUCAAAAAAUUGAAUGAUUUAUAGUUUUUAUUAUAAAGCGUAUAAGUAUGUUACAUCUUGUGAUAAGUGAGUACAUUUUCUUAAAUUUUUGAAAAUGUAUACUGAGAAUACGUGUAUAGAGAAUUUGUAAGAUAUUUUUAAAAAUAUAUAUUUUACAGUUAAUUUACUACAUACAUUUUAUAAUGAAAUACAAUUGCCAGAAGGCUAAAGGAUUAAGAGAAAUUAAGUACAAGAGAUGCACAAUAGGUAAAAGGCUUAUAAUAAAAAUGAAUAUACCUUUCAAUGUAUGAAAAUUUUCUAUAAAUUUUGAUAAAAAAAUACAAUUAUAAUUUUACUAGAGAUCUGAAAUAAACAUUGAUGAU